CCGCAUUCCUUUGUUUACCUGAGCCACGCCCGUCCCCAAACUGCAGCGCCGAGGCCUCCCCAUGUACCUGACCUACAUGGCAAUGCUGAAACCGAUAUAUUUGAAAGAAACCGUCCCAAACCGGUCAUAUUGAUAGGCGAAUGCCACCUCGACGAAGAAAGCCACCUCGCGCAGGCGCCCUCACCGAACUCCCUCCACUGAAGAUUGUCCGCUCCAUCCUCCUGCUUCAGUUCUUCUACUACACGGCUGCCUUUGUGCUGAUACUCUUUACAACAAUUGUACUCGGGCAAAAGUUCUCUCUGAGUCUACUUUUCGAUUGGCACAGCGUUAGAGGCGAUAACACGGUCGGCUGGACCGUCGGGUUUCUCUGGGUCAUUGAUGGAUUCAUAAUAGUCAUACCGAUCCUCCUCUUGAUCGCGCGAUCGAAACUUGUCCCCGACUUCGCGCUGACAAUCCACUUCAUCCACCUUCUAAUUACGUCUUUCUACACAAAAUCUAUACCGACAAAUCUGCUCUGGUGGGGUUUGGAAGCAGCCAGUGCCGCACUCACAAUCAGUUUAGGUGUAUGGGCAUGUCGAUAUCGGGAACUCCAGCCUAUCUCAUUCGGAACUGUGCCAAGGAAGACGCCAGUGAAUGGGGUGGCCGACACUGACGACAACCUGCGCGGUGCUGCUGGAAGAGGCAAGAAUGUCGACUCUGGGCCCAGCUAUGAGAUGGUCAAUGUGGUGAGAGGAGAUCAAAACGUAUGAGACGAGACCGUGUAGGCCCUGCUGUUUCAGGGCGGAAUUCAAUGACUGAUUCAAGACACCUCCUGAGUGGUCAAAUUGCACCUGCAUUACUGUCAUGGAGAUCCCGUUGCUCGACUGACUACCAUUGUCCACGGACGGCCGAACUCCUCGAAUGUUUCAUAGCCGUCGGCCAU